AUGGCGUCAUCACAGCGUUCAUGGUCGUUGUCAUCGCUGCCGCUCGAUAUGAUAGAAGAAAUAUUCCACAGAACUCCGGCUGAAUCUCUACUCCGAUCUAAACCGACGCGCAAGAAAUGGUACGAUCUCAUCAAGAACAAGAGGUUCAUCUACGAACACUUGCGUCGCUCCCCGGGAAGAUCCCGUAGAACCGAUGAGAGACGAUUCCUAAGAAUCGACAAGACGGUACAAAUCAUGGAACCGGUGACAAGAACACGCUCAGAGAAACCGAUCCCACACGAGCUCCAACCACUAGAAAACAUCAAAGCCAUGGUUCACUGCGACGGACUCAUGUUGUGUAUGUGCAGCGACAUGGAAUCAAGAAUCGUCCACCUCGCUCUUUGGAACCCCCUCACGAGGCAUAUCACACUGAUCCAGCCCUCGACACGUUUCACGACUUCUGAUUACUACGGGAUUGGACACGGCGUUAACAAGUAUCGAGAUGGUUACAAGAUCCUUAGGUUUUCUGAUCGCCGUUACGAUAAUCAUCAUCAUCAUCAUCAUUCUGAAGUGGAUUUUGAGAUUUAUUACUGCGAGACGAGUUCUUGGAGAACCCUCGAUGAUGCCAAGGUUGAUUGGAAUGUGGAUUUCACGUGCCAUGGUGUGUCUGUUAUGGGGAACAUGUACUGGCUUGCUCAUAGGGAUGUUGAGGAGGAGGAGGAGCUCGAAAGCUGUAUUCUAGGUUUCGAUUUCACCGCUGAGAAAUUCAUGGACGUAUGCUUUUGUCCUCCCAUUUUUGAUUACAACUACUUGAGCUGUUUCGGUGGAGAUAGAUUGUCUUUGCUACAACAAAAUAACGACGAGCCAAGUCUUAUUGAGGUGUGGGUUUCAAGCAAGUUGGCUGAUGAUGGGGGUGAUGUCUCGUUUACAAAAUAUUUCAGUGUGGUCAGCCCUGAUCUUCCAUGGUUACAUAUCGAAAGAUCAGAAAAUGCUAGUCAUCCGGUGUACUACAUUGCCAAGAACAAACGUAUCAUAGCAUGGUGCGAGGGACUGAUGGAUGACGGUGAUAGACUCCCUGUUUGGAUCAUUCUCUAUGAAAUUGAUGAGGGUGGUGUAAGAAAUCAACUUGAGACAGAGCGACAUUACGAGAAUGACUAUGUUGGCACCUUCCUUUGUGGUUACGUGUAUGUUCCAAGUCUAGUCCCUCUUCCAUGA